AUGGCUACGAUAGACGGCCGUCCCGCACAAUAUGGAAUUACCUUGAAACAAGUACGUGACCUUAUGGAACAUAGGGGCCCAGAUGGAAUAGCUAAAAUUCAAGAAUUAGGUGGAACUCAAGAAAUAUGUAAAAAAUUGUACACAUCGCCCAGUGAAGGACUUAGUGGAUCACAGGUAGACCUCGAUCACCGAAGAGAAACAUUUGGGUCUAAUUCAAUUCCUCCGAAACCUCCAAAAACAUUUUUACAAUUAGUAUGGGAAGCUUUACAGGACAUAACCCUCAUUAUUCUAGAAGUAGCAGCUAUAGUUUCUUUACUGCUUUCCUUUUAUCAGCCUGCUUUAGAAGACACACCAUUCAAUGAUGAUGAAACGAGUCAUGGGUGGAUAGAAGGUUUAGCAAUUUUAAUUUCAGUUAUAGUAGUAGUAUUCGUAACAGCCUUCAAUGACUAUACUAAAGAAAGACAGUUUAGAGGAUUGCAAAAUCGAAUAGAAGGAGAACACAAGUUUUCGGUUAUAAGACAAGGAGAGGUGAAACAAGUCUCUGUCAGUGAUAUAGUUGUAGGUGAUAUUUGUCAAAUAAAAUAUGGAGACCUCUUACCAGCUGAUGGAAUUCUUUUACAAUCUAAUGAUUUAAAGAUAGACGAAUCUUCACUCACGGGAGAAUCUGAUCAUGUCAAAAAGGGAGAAUCAUUCGAUCCCAUGGUGUUAUCGGGUACCCAUGUCAUGGAGGGAUCCGGUAAAAUGUUGGUUACAGCAGUUGGUGUUAAUUCACAGGCAGGUAUCAUCUUCACGCUCCUUGGCGCCGCUGUCGAUCAGCAAGAGCAGGAAAUUAAGAAAAUGAAGAAGGAAGCUAAAAAGCAGCGGAAGAAGAAAAGUUUAACAGGAGACGAAGAAAACGUAACUGGCAACAGUCACGUCAAUUCACCAGCACCGGUCGCCACAGCGAACAAAUACGACCAGCCUGCCAGCGAAGUCCAAGACGGCAAAGAGAACCACGUGCCGGCCGAAAAGUCCUCCUCCGAACGGGGCAAGAAGGAGAAGUCCGUGCUCCAAGCCAAGCUGACGAAGCUCGCCAUACAAAUCGGCUACGCCGGCUCCACCAUCGCCGUGCUCACCGUCAUCAUACUGAUCAUCCAAUUCUGCAUCAAGACCUUCGUCAUCGAUCACGAGCCUUGGAAAAAUUCGUACGCCAACUAUUUGGUGCGCCACCUGAUUAUUGGUGUUACUGUAUUGGUGGUCGCGGUGCCCGAGGGACUCCCAUUAGCAGUCACACUAUCUUUGGCUUACAGUGUUAAAAAAAUGAUGAAAGACAACAACUUGGUAAGACACUUGGAUGCUUGCGAAACCAUGGGUAACGCUACAGCUAUCUGUUCGGAUAAAACCGGUACUCUAACCACCAAUAGAAUGACCGUUGUGCAAUCGUACAUUUGCGAGCAACUAUGCAAAACGAUGCCGAAAUUUUCGGAUAUCCCUGCUCACGUCGGCAACAUAAUCCUUCAAGCCAUCGCUAUCAACUGCGCUUACACCUCGCGCAUCAUGCCGCCGGAAGAAGGUAGCGAUCUACUAAGGCAAGUCGGUAACAAAACCGAAUGCGCCCUAUUAGGUUUCGUGGUCGGUUUGCAAAAGAACUACCAAACCGUCAGGGACGAUUAUCCGGAAGAAACGUUCACUCGAGUGUACACCUUCAACUCGGUAAGGAAAUCCAUGAGUACGGUGAUACCGCGCCAGGGCGGCGGUUUCCGUUUAUUCACCAAGGGUGCUUCAGAAAUAAUAUUACAAAAGUGUGCCUUCAUUUACGGCCACGACGGCCGCCUAGAGAAAUUCACUAGGGACAUGCAAGAGAGAUUGUUGAAACAAGUGAUAGAGCCGAUGGCCUGCGACGGCCUCCGGACGAUCUGCCUCGCCUACAGGGACUUCGUGCCCGGCAAGGCCGAAAUCAACCAGGUGCACAUCGAAAACGAGCCCAAUUGGGACGACGAGGGCAACAUCGUCAACAACCUGACCUGCCUGUGCGUCGUCGGCAUCGAGGAUCCCGUCAGGCCCGAGGUACCGGACGCCAUCAGGAAGUGCCAGAAGGCCGGCAUCACCGUCAGAAUGGUCACCGGCGACAACGUGAACACGGCUCGAUCGAUUGCGACGAAGUGCGGCAUCGUCAAGCCGAACGAGGAUUUCCUGAUAUUGGAAGGGAAGGAAUUCAACAGGAGGAUCAGAGACAGCGCUGGAGAGGUUCAACAGCAUCUUCUCGAUAAGGUUUGGCCUAAGCUCAGAGUUCUCGCGAGAUCGUCGCCGACUGACAAGUUUACGCUCGUCAAAGGUAUCAUCGACAGUAAAGUUAGCGAUAACCGGGAAGUUGUGGCUGUAACCGGUGACGGUACUAACGACGGACCGGCAUUGAAGAAAGCCGACGUAGGAUUCGCUAUGGGUAUUGCCGGUACCGAUGUCGCCAAAGAAGCGUCAGAUAUCAUCCUGACUGACGAUAACUUCAGCAGUAUCGUCAAAGCUGUAAUGUGGGGUAGGAACGUCUACGACAGCAUUGCUAAAUUUUUGCAAUUCCAACUUACUGUCAACGUUGUCGCCGUCAUCGUAGCUUUCAUUGGGGCUUGCGCAGUUCAGGACAGUCCUCUAAAGGCUGUACAAAUGUUGUGGGUCAACCUGAUCAUGGACACGCUAGCCUCUUUGGCUCUGGCUACGGAAUUGCCUACGGGAGAUUUGCUUCUCAGGAAACCCUACGGUAGGACGAAGCCGUUGAUCUCCAGGACCAUGAUGAAGAACAUCUUGGGUCAAGCCGUCUAUCAAUUGGUGGUGAUAUUUUCGCUACUUUUUGUAGGUGAUAAAUUUUUGGAUAUCGAGUCCGGCAGGGGUGUCGCCAUCGGCCAUCCCCCCACUCAGCAUUUCACCGUCAUUUUCAACUCGUUCGUAAUGAUGACGUUGUUCAAUGAAUUCAACGCGAGGAAAAUUCACGGCCAAAGGAACGUCUUCGAGGGAAUAUUCACCAAUCCCAUUUUCUACAGUAUAUGGGUCGGAACGUGCUUAGCACAAGUCGGGAUCAUCCAAUUGGGAGGCGUCGCUUUCUCCACGACCAGCUUGGACAGCGACCAAUGGUUAUGGUGCUUGUUCUUCGGAAUAGGAACGCUGAUUUGGGGCCAAUUGGUCACCACCGUACCGACCAGUAAAAUUCCAAAGAUUCUUUCAUGGGGUCGAGGUCAUCCGGAGGAAUAUACCGAAGCGAUUGCUAUUGGUGAAGAGAAAUAUGACCUCGAGUCAGACAAAAAACCUCGCGCAGGUCAAAUAUUAUGGAUAAGAGGUCUGACUAGGUUGCAAACCCAGGUCAUAGGUGGUGAAUUGCAAGAACGUUUGAUACCAGUUCCGUACAGCAAGAGUUCGACUGAUCAAGCUAUCCGAGUAGUUAAUGCUUUCCGACAGGGCCUAGAUGCUCGGUACGGUGAACACAGCAAUACUUCCUUAGCCGAGGUGCUCCGCAAACAGACGACCCUUUCUAAAAGGCUGUCGCAAACUUCUUCCAUUGAAUAUGCCGAUAACAUCCCAGACGAGUUGACGAUACCAGAGAUAGACGUGGAGCGAUUAUCGUCCCACAGCCACACGGAAACGGCCGUUUAG